AUGUGUUUCAAUCUGUCGGAGAAUAUGCCAAGGCUGAAGAAUAUCUUCAUAAAGCACUUUACCAUCAACACAGAAAUUGGCGACAGAAACGGAGAAGCGUCAUGCUACGUAAACCUAGGAAAUGUGUUUCAAUCUGUCGGAGAAUAUGCCAAGGCUGAAGAAUAUCUUUCAUAAGCACUUACCAUCAAGACAGAAAUUGGCGACAGAAGCGAAAGGUCAAGUAAACCUAGGGAAAUGUGUUUCAAUCUCAUGCUACGUAAACCGGAGAAGCGUCAUGCCGUAAACCUGUGUGUUUGGAUCUGUCGGAGAAUAUACCAAGGCUGAAGAAUAUCUUCAUAAAGCACUUACCAUCAAGACAGAAAUUGGCGACAGAAACGGAGAAGCGUCAUGCUACGUAAACCUAGGAAAUGUGUUUAAAUCUGUCGGAGAAUAUGCCAAGGCUGAAGAAUAUCUUCAUAAAGCACUUACCAUCAAGACAGAAAUUGGCGACAGAAACGGAGAAGCGUCAUGCUACCGUAAACCUAGGAAAUGUGUUUCAAUCUGUCGGAGAAUAUGGCAAGGCUGAAGAAUAUCUUUAAAAUCUCAAGACGGAGAAACGGAAGCGUCAUGCUACGGAAACCUAGGAAAUGUGUUUCAAUCUGUCGGAGAAUAUGCCAAGGCUGAAGAAUAUCUUCAUAAAGCACUUACCAUCAAGACAGAAAUUGGCGACAGAAACGGAGAAGCGACAUGCUACGGAAACCUAGGAGCUCUGUUUGUACUUGUAGGAGAAUAUGGCAAGGCUGAAGAAUAUCUUCAUAAAGCACUUACCAUCAACACAGAAAUUGGCGACAGAAACGGAGAAGCGUCAUGCUACGUAAACCUAGGAAAUGUGUUUCGAUCUGUCGGAGAAUAUGGCAAGGCUGAAGAAUAUCUUCAUAAAGCACUUACCAUCAAGACAGAAAUUGGCGACAGAAACGGAGAAGCGUCAUGCUACGUAAACCUAGGAAAUGUGUUUGAAUCUGUCGGAGAAUAUGCCAAGGCUGAAGAAUAUCUUCAUAAAGCACUUACCAUCAAGACAGAAAUUGGCGACAGAAACGGAGAAGCGACAUGCUACAUAAACCUAGGAAAUGUGUUUGGUUCUGUCGGAGAAUAUGCCAAGGCUGAAGAAUAUCUUCAUAAAGCACUUACCAUCAACACAGAAAUUGGCGACAGAAACGGAGAAGCGACAUGCUACGUAAACCUAGGAUAUGUGUUUCAAUCUGUCGGAGAAUAUGCCAAGGCUGAAGAAUAUCUUCAUAAAGCACUUACCAUCAAGACAGAAAUUGGCGACAGAAACGGAGAAGCGUCAUGCUACGUAAACCUAGGAAAUGUGUUUGAAUCUGUCGGAGAAUAUGCCAAGGCUGAAGAAUAUCUUCAUAAAGCACUUAGCAUCAAGACAGAAAUUGGCGACAGAAACGGAGAAGCGACAUGCUACGUAAACCUAGAAAAUGUGUUUCGAUCUGUCGGACAAUAUGCCAAGGCUGAAGAAUAUCUUCAUAAAGCACUUACCAUCAACACAGAAAUUGGCGACAGAAACGGAGAAGCGACAUGCUACGUAAACCUAGGAAAUGUGUUUCGAUCUGUCGGAGAAUAUGCCAAGGCUGAAGAAUAUCUUCAUAAAGCACUUACCAUCAACACACAAAUUGGCGACAGAAAGGGAGAAGCGACAUGCUACGGAAACCUAGGAAAUGUGUUUGAAUCUGUCGGAGAAUAUGCCAAGGCUGAAGAAUAUCUUCAUAAAGCAGUUACCAUCAACACAGAAAUUGGCGACAGAAACGGAGAAGCGUUAUGCUACGGACACCUAGGAGCUCUGUUUGUACAUGUAGGAGAAUAUGGCAACGCUGAAGAAAAUCUUCAUACAGCACUUACCACCAACACAGAAAUUGGCGACAAAGACGGAGAAGCGUCUCGCUACCUAAAGCUAGGAAACACAUCUCAAGCCUUAUCGGAUCUCUGGUCAAGCAUUCAAAUUUACGAAAAAAUGCUUACUUCUCUAGGAAGCAAAGAUAGCCACAAUAUAUCAUUUUUUGACAAGAACGCGUCUCCCUAUCGGCUGUUUUGUUCAUUGAGUUGUUUUUGUGGGAAACCCUAUCAAGCUUUACACGCUGCUGAACUUGGACGGGCCAGAGCUCUAGCAGAACUUAUGUCAAAUCGCUACUCCAUUGAAAAAGAAAUAUCCAUCAACCCACAAUCGUUUGUUGGCAUCGCGGAAGUAAUUAAGAAAAAUGGCAACAGCACCUGCCUCUACAUCUCCUAUGACUACGAUGACAAUAUAUUUUUGUGGGUUUUGAAACAAAACAAACCGGUAGCCUUCCGAAGAACGAAACUUUGUGAAAGUUAUGUUAGCAAGCAUGGCAAAAUCUCUGUGUAUGACCUGUUUGGAAACGAAAGCUUAUUAAGAAAAUUUCACGUUUUACCUCAAGAGCAAUGCGAAGACCGGACUCUUUCUUCAUUCGCCAACCAACUUACAAACGAAUCAAAUCUGGAAGAUAGUCUCUCAACCUUGCGUCCUCUUUUAGAUGAGGGAGAAGUAUACACGGACCCUGAACCGCCAACACGUUUUCAGGUUUACAACAUGUUGAUUGCUCCCGUGAGUGACUUGCUAGAAGGAUCUGAAAUCAUUGUUGUUCCUGAUCGCUGCUUCUUCCAAGUUCCGUUUGCAGCAUUACACGAUGAAAGUGGCCGCUAUUUAUCAGAUUCUUUCAGGAUACGAAUUGUCCCUUCUUUGACGACUCUCAAGCUCAUUCUGGACAGUCCAGCCGACUCUCACAGCGAAACUGGUGCAUUGAUUGUGGGUGAGCCAAGAGUGACGGAUGUGUAUUUCAAGGAGUGUUAA